UAUCAACCACAUCAUACUACAUUUUGGUGGAAAAUGUUAUUUAUAAGAAUUAUUAUUUUUUUAUUAAUACCCUCAAACAUUCGUUUGCUUGAAAAUUUUAAGCAGCCAUGGCGUAGAAACACUAACACCAGUGAUACUAGUAGUAAUAACAAUGGUAGUAGAAUUGGUAUCAGUAAAGAGGCAAUACAAAAUAUUAGUAUGAAGCUAUAUAAAUUAGAGAAUUUUAUAACUCCAAAUAGUAUUCACAUACGCCUUAAUAGCAAUGAAUGCGGAAAUGAUGAACAUACAAUAUGCGGUCGAGAGGUUCCAUGCAAAUUGAAUCAGUUACAAGAGAAAGAUUUUAAACUAUCCGGUAGAAUAGAUUUACCAACAUAUGCAACUGUAUCUCGUUCAGUGUGUAAUUGCGAAGAUGACUACGGAGUAGAAGUGUAUCAUUCAGAAAAACGUGAAAUAUUUAUGAAAUGCUAUACACCUAAUCCAUGUGAACAGUGUGAUGAAAAGCAUACUAUACAAUGUAUUGUCAAUAGUGAUAACAGUGUAACUUGUUUAUGUGAAACAGGUUAUUCAGAAUUUGAAAAGUGUAAAGAAAUUAAAGAUGGCUGUAAAAUACCUCAUUCAGUUGCUAAACUCUCUGGUAAUGAAGCGUGUUUAGUCGAACAAUCAAAUGUGUGUCAGCCAGCUUUUGAUUCUUAUCAAUAUACAUGUUUAUGUAAAGAUCCAUAUAGCGAAGAUAAACGAUUAUCAUUUCCUAACUGUAUGAAUAAUGUAACCUAUUGUCUUUCCAGUUUAUGCGCUGGAUUUCAACCACCAGUGUCGAAGCUUUUACCUGGUCCAGCAAUAUUUAUAAAUAUUGAGGAUUAUAAUAUGUUAGAGUCUGAUGAUUGUCAUGAUACUAUAUGCUAUUGCCCUGAUGGAUGGGUUGGCAAGCAUUGUACAGAACCCAGAGGUAGUAUUGUACCAUUCUCAUGGUCACCAUGGUCUACAUGUAAUCCAGAUUGUAUUAUGCUGAGUAAAAGAUGGAAUUAUAAAACUGAAGAAGAAAUAUACGCCGGUGAAAGUCGUACGACAGAAGUAGGAUAUAAAAGUAAAUUCGCUCGUUGUAAUCAUAAUGACAGCAGAUACUGUGAAGGCAUGUAUAGAAUUUGGGAACGAUGCACAGUUAAAAAUUUGUGUAAUAUUGAGAGACAACCUAGAAUUUCAACUGUAAUCGGCGAAGCUAUGAGCAAAAAUAGGACGAAACAUAAUGAGAUGCUUUCUGAUAUGAACAUACGAGAUGUGAGGAACCAAUUACUGAAGAUGCCUUGAGUGAUCACUAUAACGGUACAUCAUAAAAAUGUAAGCCCAGUGCCGACUGGAGCAGUUGAAAUUACAUGGGAGGAACAGCAUCAACUUAAUCUGCUUGGAGUAAUUGUAUGUAUUGUAUUAUUUGUUAUUGCAAUUACAGUUUUAGAAAUACACCAUAUGGUUGUGCACUGGAGUAAAUUGGAAUAAAUUUCACUUAUACUUAAAUUUCCUAAAUUGUUUUCAUAAGAAUAACUUCAGAAGAA